AUGUCUGGUGCCGUCGCUGAUUUGGGCCUCAUUGGCUUGGCCGUCAUGGGUCAGAACUUGAUUCUGAACAUGGCCGACCACGGCUUCACCGUCUGCGCUUACAACCGAACCGUCUCCAAGGUAGAUGCGUUCUUGGCAAACGAGGCCAAGGGCAAGUCUGUCGUUGGUGCUCACUCCAACGAGGAGUUCAUCUCCAAGCUAAAGAAGCCCCGCCGUGUCAUGCUGCUGGUACAGGCUGGCAAGCCUGUCGACGACUGGAUCGAGACCCUACUCCCUCUCUUAGAGAAGGGAGACGUCAUCAUUGACGGCGGAAACUCUCACUUCCCCGACUCAAACCGACGAACUAAAUACCUCGCAGCCAAGGGUAUCCGAUUCGUCGGUUCUGGUGUCUCCGGUGGCGAGGAAGGUGCCCGAUAUGGCCCUUCGCUGAUGCCGGGUGGUAACGAGGAGGCGUGGCCCUACAUCAAAGAUAUCUUCCAAAGCAUUGCUGCUAAGAGCGACAACGAGGCAUGCUGUGAGUGGGUUGGUGACGAGGGUGCUGGCCACUACGUCAAGAUGGUGCACAAUGGUAUCGAGUAUGGUGAUAUGCAACUGAUUUGCGAGGCCUACGAUAUCAUGAAGCGUGGUCUUGGAUUAAGCAACAAGGAGAUCGGUGAUGUUUUGGCCAAGUGGAACAAGGGCGUUCUAGACUCGUUCUUGAUCGAAAUCACCCGUGACAUCAUGUACUUCAACGAUGAGGACGGAACGCCGCUAGUUGAGAAGAUCCUGGACCAGGCCGGUCAGAAGGGUACUGGCAAGUGGACUGCCAUCAACGCUCUGGACCUCGGAAUGCCCGUUACCCUGAUCGCUGAGGCUGUGCUUGCCCGUUGUCUGUCUUCAAUCAAGGCCGAGCGAGUCAAGGCUUCGACCAAGCUUCAAUACGUCGGUCGCACAACCAAGUUCGAGGGCAGCAAGGAGCAAUUCCUUGAUGACCUUGAGCAGGCUCUGUACGCUUCCAAGAUCAUCUCAUAUGCUCAAGGUUUUAUGCUGAUGCAAGAGGCCGCGAAAGAGUACAAGUGGAAGCUUAACAAGCCUUCGAUUGCCUUGAUGUGGAGAGGUGGUUGCAUCAUCCGCUCUGUCUUCCUGAAGGACAUUACUGCUGCUUACCGAAACGACCCUGAUCUCGAAAACCUGCUAUUCGACGACUUCUUCAACAAGGCCAUCCACAAGGCCCAGCCCGGCUGGAGAGACGUGGUUGCUAAGGCUGCCGUUCUCGGAAUCCCAACCCCUGCCUUCUCUACUGCGCUAUCGUGGUUUGACGGAUACCGCACCAAGGACCUGCCCGCCAACCUUCUCCAGGCCCAGCGUGACUACUUCGGAGCACACACCUUCCAGGUUAAGCCUGAGUUUGCCAACGAUAAGUACCCGGCAGGCCAAUAUAUCCACGUUAACUGGACUGGUCGGGGAGGUAACGUGUCGGCUUCCACAUACCAAGCAUAA